CCAAAAUGUAGCGUUUCGUCGAAAAAUCUGUACGAUGUCGAUGUCAUACAGAAUUACGUACAAUGACGAUGAGCGACCUGGAUCUGCUCUCAGCAACCACAGUACUUUGUCGCAAGGUCCACUGAAGGUUCCUUCACGUCCGCCUCCUAUGCCACCACCUCCCGACUCAGAGGAAGUUUAUGACGACAGCCAACACUCCUCCUCGCCUACGGGAGAUGACAAUGGUAAUGUGACGUUCAAAGUGACACCUCCUACGCCAGACUUUGACAAAACUGUCCAGCAGCCAUUCGAAUCUCGAGGAGCUAAGCAGUCCGAAGAUGUGUUAGGCCCCCCUAGGCGUCCAGCGCCCCAACCACCCGCAGUUCUAGAUGAAGGAAUGACUGGUAGUUUAGAGCAAACGCGGUCGCGUAUCAAUUCAGUUGGAUCGGGAAGUCUGAUGAGGGGUAUGAAUAGCUCAUUGGUUCAUGUCAAUGCACAAGUCGUCAUUAACAGUACCAACUCUGAGAACGAAAAUUCGCCUCAAACUCCUUCAUCGCCGAAAAUGUCUUCUCCAUUACCUCCUCCUCCAACAAACGAGGAGUUAAACGCGACUGGACAUCUAGCUGGGGCAAUUCUCUCUGAUGACUACCCAAUCAACAGGAAUCCAACAUCUCUUCCCCGUGCACAAAGAGUGUCUUCAUCGUCAUCGAACCAACCAUACGGGACAGGGAGUCGAGAUGGUACCAUGGGAAAUCAGCCGAGGCAAGAUGAUCCGACGAUCCAGUCUAAUAUUGAGGGCUUCAGACCACCUUCCAGAUUUCCAGAGUUUUCGACUUUAGCAAGCCAUCAGCGGAUUCACUCUCAGGAGAUACUGAAUGAUAGGUCGGGCUUUUUAACUAUGCAGAGACCGCACCAGUUUGGUACUAUGGGUCAAGUUAGAGCGGCCACAUUGUCCAGGGCGGCUGCUGAUGGUAUGCACACAUUACCAAGGCCUUCGCUUAUGAACCCCAGUAUGAAUCCUUUAGGAAUUAUGGUGCCAAUGAGCGAAGAGGACGAAUUUAUAGAAGAAGAUAAGUCGCUCCUUCAGAGAUUUGGUUCUUCGAAAUACCUGAGUAUUGCGUAUUGCGUGAUUGUUUGUCUGGUAUCGUUUAACCUGUUCGCAUGUCAAUAUUACAGACCUGGGGCAGUUAAGAAGUCAACCAUUCACAUCUUCUCAGUGCUUCUCUACAUCAUCGGUGUAAUUUUCGCAGUAUUUCUCAUAUUUAUUUGCCAGUUGUCCAAGCACGACCCAAAGGGUUUUGUUCGAGACCACAGGCAUUGUAGUGUUUACCUCAGGGGCGCAUUGAUAAUUCUGUGCCUUCUAACUUCCUUGCACCAAAUUGCUAAAAUCAGCGCUUCAAUUGCAUUUAUUAUGGACUUGUGCAUGGAAGAGCACGUCCCUAAACUGUUCCAUUAUGGCUUUGUGCUCGUUUUCUGCUACCUAGAGGUUUAUCUAAUAAUAGUUCACUCCAAAGUUUAUAUUUCGCUACAAAAAUGUUUAGUCUCCGUAGCUCUGGCACAUUUUACAGCACUUAACCUUUACCUGGUUUUUACCACAGUCGUAUCGGAAGUUGCGUCUGAGGUGUCUUUAGAGCAAUUCUACUCCUCAAAUAAGGUCAAACUCAAAUUACCGUCCGAUUUACCGGCCAAUGUUACCAAACCCCCUAGUGAGCUGGAAGAUUUUUUGCAGUUGGAGCGAAAUCUUAAAUGCCAAGAGAACUACUCAAAUCCGAACAAGACGUUGCUCCACUUCUCGACUUCAGUGUCCAAGUACGGUUACCCUUUUGCGAUAAACUUUGCGAUUCUGGCUACCGCCUUCAUAACUAACAUGUGGUGCAAUGUUAAGAAACGUGCUAAACGAAUCAGCAGUAGACUGACCUACAACCUCAGUCAGAGAUCCAAAUACUUCAACUGUCAUCAUACAAGCAUAGGCAUUCUGAUGGGACUGCUAGUUUUCCUAGUGUCUACCAUUUUCAUAUUCCUGUUUGCCGUAUACCGAGACGAAGCUAAUAAAAGAAGCGACAGCGGCGAAAACAGUCAGGGGAUCGAAAGUGUAGUAAUCGCGUACCACGUAUAUCUUAUUGUGUUGAUGGUUUUAAUGAUAGCCACUAUUUUCAAGUGCAUAAUAGCCUUCCAAUUGUUCUCAGCGAAGAAAACGUACCACAAUAUUUUUGACAAACCUCUUCUUCUGAUGUCUUUAGUUGCAAUUUUUGUAUACUACCUAUUUUGUAUCGUCUCGUGCUUUGGACACUUUCUACAGUUAGAAAACGAUCUCUUACAGACUAUUGUCCCGACAUUAAGUUACACCAUGUGUCUUUUGCAAGCUUUGCUCCAGGUCAUUUUUCUGCUGGACGCUCUGAAAAGACAGGCUACUCGUAAAAACGACCCAAGCUCUAGGAAGUACAUAGUGUUUAUACUGGCGUGCAACGUGGCGCUGUGGAUGCUGAUGGUGUAUAGGCUAGGAGCAAACAUCCACCGGGUUGAGCAGCAGUUCUACUGGGAGAGUUGGGUGUAUAUCAGAGUGGCAACGACUCCUUUUGUAACCUAUUUCUACCUUCAUUCAGUCGCCUGCUUUUUCGACAUUUGGCAGUUCUCCUACAUCUGAGACGACAUCGUCUCAACAUUGUUUCCCUAGAACCACGAUAGAACCAAUCAGGCAUGCUUGAAGGAUGUUACCUUCAAUUGGAUUGUAUCGUACACAUGAACCGCCAGAAAUUGCUAUACAUUUUUGGGUUUUCACAGCUUUGCAUGCACGCGAUUCCAAAUUAAUAGACAAAAUUGUUUUUUAACAAAUUUAUUUCUAUUCGUAAAUCAAACCUGCUACCUUUUUUUGCAUAAAUCACAAUUUAUGAGAUUUGGCUUAUUUGUUGCCUGUUCUAUUCUGGUUAUUUAAAAAUACUAGAAAGUAAAAUAGUUAU